GAUUCUGCUCACUCGCGUCGCCGUUCAGGGUCCGGCAGCAGCAGCGCAGCAGGUGGCUCUGCAACUGGCCCUGCCCCUCAUGUGGAGCCAGCCGGGCCAGCUCUUUCCCCGCCCCCUGCUUGGAAGAGCUCGGUUCCCUUGGCAGCGGGAGCGGCGGCACUGAGCGGGAAUAGCGGGGCAGCAGCAGCAGCAGAAGAGCCCGAGCCGCUGGCGGGUUGCGUGCCGCUCAAGGAUGUCGCCGCUGCCACUUCCCCCUCGGCGUGCCGUGCAGCUGGCGCCCAGCUCGCUGGCCCUGGUGUUGCGCCGCCUGCAGCCACAGCAGCAGCAGCAGGAGGGGGCCGCCUCUGCAGCCGCGGCUGCCCCGGAGGAGCCCCCGUCCGACGGCGACGAAGCGAGCGGCGCGGCGGUCUUCCAGGCGUUCCGGCGCGCCAAUGCCGCCUGCUACUGGAACGCUGGGCUGGCGCGCGCCGUGACUCGGGUCUGGCUGCAAGGCUGGCUGCGGGGCGGCGUGCUCUUGCUGCAGGGCCCCGCCGCCCCUCUGCAGCUCCUCCGCGACGCUUGGCUCCGCAGGGCUCUGCGUCCGCCCAAGGGCUUCCUCAUCAGGGCUGUAGGUGAUGUGUCUCCAGUUCACAUGAAUCCCAUUUUGCAGUCCCAGUUUGUUCCUUUGGCAGAAGUCUUGUGUUGUGCUAUAUCUGAUAUGAAUGCAGCUCACGUUGCUGUUACACAGGAAACCUUACUGGAUCAGUUGGGGAAACAUUACCCAGGCAUUGCAACUCCCACACAUGACAUUCUAUACAGUACUCUUGGAAUGCUCAUUAAAGAACGGAAGAUAUAUCAUACUGGGGAAGGAUACUUCAUAGUGACUCCGAAUACAUAUUUCAUCUCUAAUAAUGCUAUGAAGAACAACCAGAAGAUCCUUUUAGAACAUAAUUGCCCUCUGGAGCCUUCUGUUACAUACCUUGUAAGCAUGGAGGACUCUACAGAACUUACAAAAAAUAAUUUUCCUAACGUGUCACAUUGCAGAUCCUGUUAUUGUUUUGCCGAGCAAACUGCAGUGAAUGAACAGAGACCUCGGCAGCUAACAACCCAUGAUCCUAAUGGAAACAGCCAAAAAGGGUCUUGUGAAUCCAGACUUUCAGUUCAAAAUCCAGCCACUGGUACAACCAUUGGCAAUCGUUCUUGUGAAACUGCUCGUUCCAUACACUCAAUGAAAGAAAAAGAAAAGGUUAAAAAAUUUGGUCUCAGUCUCUUCUGGCGCAACACUUCUAAAAAAGAAAAAACCCCAAAAGCUCACUCCUCAUUUUCAGCUCAGUUUCCUCCUGAAGAAUGGCCAGUCAGGGAUGAAGAUAAUUUGGAUAACAUCCCACGUGAUGUUGAACAUGAAAUUAUCAAGCGCAUCAACCCUGUGCUGACAGUAGACAACCUAAACAAACACACAGUGCUGAUGCAGAAAAUUGAAGAGCAGAAAAAAUAUAUCAGUAAAGGAACCUCUACAGAAGUGUUAACAAGGAAGCACAAACAUCUUUCCACUGAAUGUGCUCGGAAAAAACAAUAUAAGACUGCAAAGCAUCGCAGGAAAGUGCAGACCAGCAAAGAAAAAGAUAUCAAUAAAACACAGAAGGAAUUUAAAUCUGAUGAACUAAUAUCAGCUAAUGGCAAACUGGAAGCCCAUGUAGAACAUCCCUUGUUCCGUAUUACAAGUGAAGCUGUCAUUUGUGAUAAGCAGGUAUGUGAGAAUGCAGCUGGUGUUGAAUCUCAUUUUAUGUCCAAAAAGAAAAUUAAUAAUCCAUUUCAAGACAUUUCAUGUAGAGGGAACAAGUCUACAAAAAUACAUAAAAGUCAGAAAAAUUGUGAUGUAAAAUCCAAAGCACCUAAGUCAGAGAAGAAUUUCCCAAGGUCACGGUCUCUGGAUUCCUCAAGAACGAUGGAUUAUAAAGCCAAACAGGCACUUGCUAUCAAAUAUGAGGAUAGAGAUGACAAAAAAGAACAGUUGGUCACUAAUUUUUCUACUCAUCACCAUUGUCAGAACCAUUGUGCUGAAUACACAGAUUACCCUCAAUAUCAUGAUUUACAAAGAGAUGACAAAUACAGGUACUUGAGAGACAGGGCAGGUUCUUCAUAUGAUUUGCAUAGAAAGGCAAACCAAAAUCAUAUGGUAGAAAACCAGGUAGCUUCUAACAAUGAUGCUGCACUCAUGGAUGAAGGAAGAGCAGAAAUAAAGGACCCACAGACUUCCAGUUGUAUUCACCAGUGUGAGCAACCUGAUAUAUAUGACAUGCUGGGUCAUAAUUCAGAUCACCUGCAAACGGUUUGCUUUCCCAGUGAUUCAGGUACUGCUCACCAAUUUAAACAGUCUGAAAAGGCUGUUAUUCACAGAGAUGAUUAUUAUUUAGAAAGUGGACCACGAUCUACUAAAACUAGCACAUGGCUUAAAUCCGUUAACCCGCAUUAUGAAGGCUUUACUUAUAAUGAACAGACUCUGAAUCAAAAAGGUGAUGCCUGUAGCUCUCCAUAUCUUGACAAGGAGGAACACCAACGUAUGGAGUUGUCAACGUUGCAAUCCAGUGAACUCCUAUAUAGUUCUUCAGGGACAGGGAAGUGGAAUAACAUAGAACAAGAACUGGGGACUGCUGUUUUGGGAAAUGGAAGUGUUCAUGCUCACUUAUCAGAGCACAGAACUGAUGCAGACAAGGUUGAUUCUUGUGGGCAUGAAGGACAUGCGUUUCUUAAUCUUAGUAGAUCAAAGGAUAGCUUGAAAGACUAUCAGAAGACAAAUCUUGAAGAAGAAAGUGUCUGCCACCAAAUUCCUCAACAUGCUUUCAAACAUAAUGAAGAGAGAGUAGAUGUUUAUGAACAUGGGCAAACUUCAGAUGUUGCCGAUACCUAUGGGUUUGAUUUUUAUGACACACACAAUGCAGAGACUAGAACUUGGCAGAAGUCAGUAAUUGAAGUAGGUGGGAAACUAGCAUCCUUGACACUGCCACCAAAAGGGAGGGAAAUUAAGACAAACCUUGCAGGGAAGCCACCAUCAUUUGAUAAUACAGAUGGUGCAGUUCUAGAUCAGGGUGUACAGCAUGAGCAAAACCACUUGAAAGGCACAGGAAACCACAGCAUAACAGGAGACAGCGGAAUAGAUUCUCCAAGAACACAGAGUCUAGCAUCUGCUAAUUCGGCUAUCUUGGAUGGUCUGAAAAAACGAAGAAACUUUCUGAUGAAUUUGGAAGGCAUAGAGAAAACGAUACAGACUGGAAGGACUUUUACACAAAAUUCGUUGCUUCAGCUGACUCCAGUCAUGAAUGUUUAACCUUCUUACCAGAUUUUGACAAUUCCUUUGUAAACAUGAAUAUAUUUACUGUAAAUGUCUUAAGCUGUCCAAUAUAUUAAAGUAGCAGUUAAGGUCA